AUGCCAUUGUUUUGUGCUGGAGAAGAUGAAUUUGAGGAACAUUGCCAAGAAUGUGGUUCAACUAAUAUUGAAACUAUUUAUAAUGUUGUUCAUCUUUAUUUAAUAACAGGUUUAAUGUUGUGUUGUUGUUCGGGAUUUCCACUUUCAAGAAUGUUUAGAUUACGUAUAUGCCGAAAUUGUGAAAUGAAAAAAUUAUCUGACACUUUGAUUGACCGACGUAUGGAGAUGGAAAUUAAGCCACUUCAUACAUAUGUACCUCCAUUAACAAUUAAUCAACAGUUGGCUGUUCUAGCAAAAUUAGAGGAUGAUGAGAUAAAUGAAAAGGUUCAAAUACCAUUAAAAUAA